AUGGGAGAAGAAAACAUCUUUCUUUUCGUGCCCAAUAUAAUCGGUGAGUUUGCCUGUAGCUCGUUAGCCUUGCGUUAGCCGGUACAGGUGAUGGUACCAGAGUCCGUCCAGAACAGCACGGACUAUAGGGGAAAAAUACCAUAUUUUUUAUUCUCUAUUCUUGGAUUUUUGCAUCUCUCCUGGACUCUAAUAACGUCGUAGUGUUUCCCUUAGUUAUUGCUGUGGUUAUAUUGACAUGUUGCUCUAAGACAGGCCUUUAAUGAGAUAGUGGUGGGGUAGUAAAUACUGUCUAGUACUGUUUGUUCAACUGAGAUGCGCAGAGAUAUUUAUUUUUUACUUUUACAUCUGCCACAAAUGAGCAACACUGGUGAUGGUUAACAUAUUAUACAAUUGUCCACCUGUUUAUUAACAUCGCAGCAGAAUUUAAGCAUUCAUUGUACAUUCUGAACUGUGUGAGCAAGUCCAGCAUCGUGUGGCCCCUGGACUGCCUCUGUAAUAGGGCUGGACGAUUAUGGCAAAAAUAAUUAUCACAAUUAUUUUGACUGAUAUUGAAAUCACAAAUAAUACACAUGAUUAUUCAUUGAUUUAAAAACUUGAAUAUUUAUUGAACUAACAAAACUUAACUUGAAAUAUAACUUACAGCCAGAAAUAAAAUAGUUACAAGUAAACAGGUAAAAAAUAAAAAUAAUAACUUUAGUAAAUCAAAAUUAUAAUUGCAAUAGAAACAAUAAAAAAUAAUAAUUACCCAAUCUACAUGCACUCCUGUAAAACUUACAAAAAAAACCCCCACUAAUAAUGCAGCCAAAAAAAGACUCUUUGAGGGUUUUUCAAAACUCUUAAAAAAAAAAAAAGAGGCCACAAAUUGCUAUACUUUGUGGCCACAAAGUGCUUUACCCCAUUACAGAGCCCAUAUGGGUGAGCAUAUACUGAUACAUAUGAGUCUUAGGCCCGGACUACACGUAUAUAGAUAUUUAUUUAUCAGGAUAUUUUUGUACUCCCAUCUAAAUAAAUGUAUCUGUCCACACGUGUUAGUUCUUAAAAAUAUCUGCGUCCACACGUAGCCUUCAAACUCAAUCCUAUCUGGUGCCGCUUAAAAAAAAUUCAGGAACAAGGCUACCUGAUUGGCCGAUGAAUGGUAACAGCGUGAUGCGUCAUGCAUUGUUUGCGGAAGCUACGCUAGUGCGUCGGGUCCAUGUGACGGACCAUGUGACCAAUAAAAGUAUUGGCCGCAGCAGACGCGUCUGUGAGCUGGCUGACUGGUGGAUGUAAUUGUAUAAAACAAGGUUCACUUGCAAGGCUGAAAUUAGCCCCAAAAGGGCAAAAAAAAAAAAAAAACAUAAAGAAUACCCUGUAUGUCCACCAUCGUUGUUGUUGUUUUUCUUUUUAAUUCGCAUGCGCGAGCUGAGGUUUGACGUCAUCGAUCCAUAAAAGUCCAACCACACGAAUCCACUACGGAUACGGGAUACGGAUAUUUUUUUAUUUCUCCACUUGUUUUUCCGGAUUCAGAUUUAUCCGGUUUGAGUGCUCCAAACUCCCGUUUUGGUGUGGUAGGGAGGCCUAAUUGGACAUUAAUAUGUGCGGUUUGAAAUAUAUCCGCAUUCGUGUAGUUCGGGCCUGAGUUAGAGCCCUAUGUGCAACUGACCAUGGCGGUGCACCAUGGUCAGUUGCCUAUAGGGGAAACCCUGAAGUUGGUCGGGUUCCCUCGGGGAGCAGACAUGACAGCGUGACAAACUUUUCAAACAAUUUUCUUUUGCUCGACGUCCGUCAACUUGAAGCCAAAAUGUUUCCAGAUAACUGAAGUUGUCCUACCUUUCUUCUCAACCAAAGGCUGCCUUUCUGCCAUGUUUUCAAUCGCUCCCCAUAUUAUUGAUCCACACACAUCACACGCUUGCUGCAGCUGCACGUAUCAUGGGUGCAUUCAAAGUGUUUUCCCAGCACAGGAACUUACAUACACACUGCGCCAUGCGGCGCAUUAAUUGUUUUUCUUUGAUUAUAAUGUUUUUAUGAUUGUGAGAAGCCAAAAUCGAAAUCAUGAAUAAAAUUCGAUUAAUCAUCCAACUCUACUCUGUAACUGGUUCUCUGUGCACUGCUGUCUGUCUGCAGGUUAUGCCCGCAUUGUACUGGCCUUGCUGUCCUUCUACCUGAUGCCCUGCUGUCCAUGGCCAGCUGUCUUCUGCUACUUGCUCAGUUCCCUGCUUGAUUCUUUUGAUGGCCAUGCUGCACGAGCACUCAAUCAGUGUAAAUAUCCAGGAAUUACCUUUACACAUUUCUUUUUCAAAUUCCUCUAAAUGUCUCUGUGGUAAUGUCCAGAUGUCACCCAUUUCCUGAAAUGAAACUAAAAAGCAGAAAAACAAUGACAGUAAGCUAAAAACUAGAGUAGCCAUGCUCCAAAACGUUUCUCUGGAAACUCCAAACAGCCAGUUUUACAAACCAAUAGAGCUUAAAAUGCAGAUUAAGGCAUUUCUGCAUCAGCGCCACUGUUAAGAUGCAGACUCCUUUAUUUACUCAUUUAUGUGUUUAGUCUGUACCCCACAGGCUACAUCAGUGGUGGAAUAAAUUUGAGUUGUUGUUUGUUUGUUUUUUUGUUUGUUUGUUUUUUUCAACCAACACACAUACUAGUUAGUCACCUUUACUUCACAGUUGUUUUUUUUAAGUGAUAAUGAGUCAUUUGAUAUUAGUUAUUUGACAGCUUUGCCUUAUAUUGGUAUAAUGUUAAUAAGUACUUUUACCCAAGCCAUGGGCUGGAGAACAGCUUUCAAAAACAUAGACUUUGGAGUCAGCUGUUUGAUUCUUGUUGCCCUUUCAUUUGCUCUUUAAACCAUAUAUCCAUUAGAAUGUACAAAACCCAAUUCCAUUGAAGUUGGGAAAUUGUGAUAAAUGUAAAUAAAAACAGAAUACAAUGAUUUGCAAAUCCUUUUCAACUUAUAUUCAAUUAAAUACACUACAAAGACAAGAUAUUUAAUGUUCAAAGUCAUAAACUUAAUUUUUUUUUGCAAAUAAUAAUUAACUCAGAAUUUCAUGGCUACAACACAUGCCAUAGUAGUUGGGACAGGGGCAUGUUUACCACUGUUACAUCGCCUUUCCUUUUAACAACACUCAAUAAAUGUUUGGGAACUGAGGAGACGAAUUGUUGAAGCUUUGAAGGUGGAAUUCUUUCCCAUUCAUGCUUGAUGUACAGCUUUAGUUGUUCAACAGUCCGGGGUCUCUGUCCUGUAUUUUCUGCUUCAUAAUGCGCCACACGUUUUCAAUGGUAGACAGGUCUGGACUGCAGGCAGGCCAGUUGAGUACCCGCACUCUUUUACUACAAAGCCACACUGUUGUAACACGUGCAGAAUGUGGCUUGGCAUUGUCUUGCUGAAAUAAGCAGGGGCGUCCAUGAAAAAGACGUUGCUUGGAUGGCAGUAUAUGUUGCUCUAAAACCUGUAUGUACCUUUCAGCAUUAAUGUUGCCUUCACAGAUGUGUAAGUUACCCAUGCCUUGGGCACUAAUGCAUCCCCAUAACAUCAUAGAUGCUGGCUUUUGAACUUUGCGAUAACAGUCCGGAUUUGAAAUGUGGACUUGUCAGACCACAGAACACAUUCCCACUUUGCAUCAGUCCAUCUCAAAUGAGCUUGGGCCCAGAGAAGCCGGCGGCGUUUCUGGAUGUUGUUGAUAAAUGGCUUUCGCUUUCCAUAGUAGAGUUUUAACUUGCACUUACAUAUGUAGCGACAAACUGUAUUUACUGACAGUGGUUUUCUGAAGUGUUCCUGAGCCCAUGUGGUGAUAUCCUUUACACAUUGAUGUCAAUUCUUUAAACAGUGCUGCCUGAGGGAUCGAAGGUCAUGGGCAUUCAAUGUUGGCUUCUGGCCGUGCCGCUUACGUGCAGUGAUUUCUCCAGAUUCUCUGAACCUUUUGAUGAUAUUAUGGACCGUAGAUGUUGAAAUCCCUAAAUUCCUUGUGAUUGUACUUUGAGAAACAUUGUUCAUAAACUGUUUGACUAUUUGCUCACGCAGUUGUUCACAAAGUGGUGAACCUUGCCCUAUCCUUGCUUGUGAAUAACUGAGAAUUUUUAGGGAAGCUGCUUUUUUUCCCUUGCAGCAAUGAAAUUCUGAGUUUAUUAUUAUUUGCUAAACAAAAAAAGUUAAUGAGUUUGAACAUUAAAUAUCUUGUCUUUUUAGUGUAUUCAAUUGAAAAUACAUCGAAAAGGAUUUGCAAAUCACUGUAUUCUGUUUUUAUUUACAUUUAUCACAAUUUCACAACUUCAAUGGAAUUGGGUUUUUUAAGUGAGUGUAAAAUUACAGAAUUACUUAAGCACAAACUGGACUUCUUGUUCUUCACACUUGUCGUUAUUCUCAUAUUGUUUCAAUCUGGAGUAUUUGCUUAUUUUUCCCCUUUAGCCACAAAGUUUGGAGCCAUGCUGGACAUGCUGACAGACCGCUGUGCCACCAUGUGUCUGCUGGUAAACCUAUCCCUGCUCUACCCAUCCUACACCUUUCUUUUCCAGCUCAGCAUGUGUCUGGACAUUGCCAGCCACUGGCUGCACCUACACAGGUACCUCAUCAAAGAGAGAAGUCUGUGCUCCUUUGAGAUGAAUGUUGUUGAUUAUUUAUUGUUAAUGCUCAAUGACAGCCUCACUUUGAGCUAUGGGAGAGAAAAAGGGAGCAUGAAGCUAAAUUUAGAUGUAACCUGUAUGUGGCAUGUUUAGAAGUUGAUAAACAGAUUUGAAUUUUAGAGAUAGACCUUUCUCUAUUGUAUCGAAACUAUCUCUUUACACAGUUACAUAUUCCAUAUGUACAGGGACUCACCCACUGGAGCAGUUGACGUGGAUAUGUCUUUAGGACACACGACUCCACGUUCCACGCAUGGUAUAAAAGGCCCAGAUGUGCAUGAUUACACUGAUUCAUUGAUUUCCAGUGAGAGAGUAGGAGACGUGCGAGAGAAGCUGCAAACUUCAGACACUGGGGAGGCAAAUUAACAUCUACUUACCAUGAGUUGGAGAGUUGGUCUGCGGGCCCCUCUCGGGAUUGCUAGUAUGCCUUCCCGAUCCAUUUCUAGGAAAAAGAGUCUGGUAGGGGUACCAUACGACACAUUGCACUAUUUGCUCUGCUAAUGCACCCAGGUACUGCCUGCUGCCGAAGCUGACCUGGUCGGCUGUUGCAGUUUUAUGUUUCUCCCCACUCAGUGAAACGGGCAAGCAAACUUGUUCGGUGUAGAGCUUGCAUAGAACGACAGGGCAUCUGCGCGCUCUUCCUUCUGUGUGAUUCACAAGCAGCACUAUCCUGCAUAGUGGCUGUUCUAACCGCUGUGUCUGCCCAUUUCCUUCAUUUGUUAGCCGCUACCUGCUAAGCACAUUACACAGAAUGGUGUGGGCAUUAGCAGAAGCUGGAGCACCCCCUGGGAAAGCCAGCACACAUUAACAUUCUAGAAAUGAGGGCAAUUUGUGCACUUUGCACCAAGGCCACAGGGCCACCAUGUACUAGUGAGGACAGACAGCGUCCCGGCAGCAAUGUACAUAUACAAGCAAGGGGGUCUGAGCUCCCCCUGCCUUUGCAGGAUGGUUCAGGAGCUGUGGACGUGGGCAGAUGGGCAGUUUCUGUCACUCAGAGCUAUGCAUGUGCCUGGAAAGGCAAACCGGGGAGCAGACUUGUUGUUCAGGGGGGGACCCAGGGGAAUGGAGGCUACACCCGAAAUGGUAGAAUACAUCUGGCAUCACUUCGACAGGGCAGUGGCUGACCUGUUUGCAUCCAGGGGGAACACACACUGUUCUUUUCCAUUUGGAGAGAUGAGCUUCCUUAGGCACCGAUGCCAUGGCGCACAAGUGGCCUCAGGGACUCUUGUGUGCCCUAUCCCUGUUCAGUCUCCUUCCAUCUCUCCUGCAGAGAGUCCCAAAGAUGUGAGGCCCUGAACUGGCCACACAUGGUGUGGUUCUCAUGGGUGAUGCCCCACCUGGAUGGGAGGCCAUGAGAACUGCCAGUUCAUCUGGGACCUUCUGAGCUAGGUACAGGGAGCUGUGUUCCACCCGUUUCUCUAGGGGCUCUAGGGGACUGUAGCCUUACCUCUCAGUUCCUGAGAGAUCCUCCUUGUGCCACACAGGAUAUUGGUUGUCCCAACAUGGGAUCUGGACCGCCUUAAAGCAUGAGCCCUUUGAGCCCCUGGAAACAGCAGACAUUAAGUGGCUGUUACUUAAGGCUGCAUUUCUUGUUUCAGUAACCUCGGCUAAAAGGGUAGGUGAACUGCAGGCUCUGUCAGUCCACCAGGACUGCUGUCGCUUUCUCCCAGAUGACUCAGCCGUUGUCUUGCGCCCCAAUCCUGCGUUUCUGCCAAAGGUGCUCUUAGACUUUCACUUGAAUCAGCCAAAGGAGCUCCGGUCCCUCCGCCUUGCCUGAGAAGGAGGUGAGGUCGGUCAGGAAUGUCGAUCGCUGUGCCCAGUCAGAGCCCUGAGGAUUUACAUCCAGCGCACGCAGGCACUUAGACAAACGGACCAGCUGUUUGUCAGCUUCAAGCCUCAGUGUCUGGGCCAGCCAGUAUCUAAAUCUAGGCUGGUACACUGGGUUGUGGAAACAAUUCUGCAUGCAUACAAAGGCGCUGGUGUUCCAACACCAGCGGGAAUAAGGGCCCAUUCCACGCGGGGGUUGGCAACCAUAUGGGCUCUGUGGCGGGGUGCCAGCCUCACCUAGGUUUGUGUGGCCACCUCAUGGAUAAGCCCUUUUAUCUUUGCAAGGUUCUAUUGUUUGAAUGUGGCUAUCGGCACCUCCUUUGGGUAAUGUGUGCUCAGUACCUCUUCAUGAGGGCCUCAGUUGGCAGGAGCCAGUUUGAGCCCACCAAGGGGAUGUUCUUCAUCCUUGUCAGAUGGCAUAGCAGAGGGCUUGCCAUCUGAGUAACUUCCCCCCUUCACACCCUGCUUUGUGGGGCAGUGGCACACAGCGUCUGGCCAUGCCACUAGUUGUGAGUGGGUGUGGUGUCUAUUGAUGUAUCUGUUAGUUUGGACUUAUUCUAUAUUUGUAGUAUUCACAGGGGUCUCACUGUCAUACACUGUUUUUAAAUAAAGCACUCAGGUGGUGGGGACGUCUCAUUUAAAUACCAGGGAUCAUGGGGAAUGUGUGGAGAGAUAGUCUCUUCACUCAAAGAACCAAGGUUACCGUGAAACCAAGCAUUCAGCAACACAUGACUUAAAGAGAGUACUGUUGUUCAGCCUCAUGGGUGGUAACAUGCUUCCAGAGCCCUCUUUUAGGGUGCUUACUUUUCUGAGGUCAAGAUACUUGUCUCACAACACUUCCACUCAGGAUUUCAUAAAGAAAAUAUAGAUCAUACCUGUAAAGUUUUUUUUUUUUUUUAAUUUUAAUUCAGGUGUGGUUGAUUUCUCCAUUUCACAGACUCCAUCUUUGUUGUUGUUAACAAGGUGUAUAUUAGAUCCUUGAUUUUAAAAGAUCAUAGACAGAGAUGUGAGAUCUGAGAGCAUGGUGGUGAUCUAGAAGUUGAGCUAUUUUCAACAGAGAGUGCUGUAAGCAUAGUGACACUAAACACACAGGGCAUCUCUGCACUGACCAAAAACACUUUAAACUCCUGUGAGGAGUAUUUUGACUUUUUGAGGCAUUAAAAAUUACAAUUUUUAAAUGGUCAUUUAAUGUCUCAAACAAAGUUGAAUAGCUUGAGAAAUGGCCCUGUUUUAACAGCUUUGUCUAUACAUUAACUAUACAUUACACACUUGACCAGCAAAAGUUAGUAGGACAAGACAAGCUAAUACUGCUCUGUCAGGGCUGUCAGAGCUUUAACCGCAAUGGUUCUGAAUAGAAAGGAGGUGCUGCUGGAGCAAAAAACAUUGUUCGUGGAAAUGGGCCCUUAAUCUUUCGUAAAAGAAAUAGACCUCCAGGGCCAGCAUUAGUAUUUCUGACAAAGUGAUGCCGAUUUUGGAGUAUUCUGUACAAAAAUGCAUGAAAUCCCCUCUUUCAGUAAUUAUGGUCCUCUGCCCGGUAACUUUAAAAGUCUGUUUGCGCUUUCAUUUCACUCCUCUGGUUCUGUAACACUGCUAAAGCCCAUACAGUGAUGUAGGUUAUUGGUUUGCUUUAUAACUAUUUCCUUCAUUUUGUUUGACGGUUCCUUUAUUCUGCUCCUUGUGCUCUGUAAUGUCCCUUGUUGCUGCUGCACCUUGAUAAAUACUAAGUUUUGUGCUCUCCAAAUAAAUCAAGAUUCAUGUUAGAGAUAUCGUCCAUGCUAUUUGGUGAAACUUGCAGAAACUGAAAUAUUUGCCACAGUGUCAACAGGCAGAGGUAAAAUCCUUGACUGUAUCAAUGGGCUGGCCUUCUUUCCACAGAUGAUCUUGAUUUGGUUUAUGAAACAGAUUCUUGACUAUGUGAGGUUUGGACCGAUCAGAUAACAGCAAAAUAAGAAAAUGGUCUGUUUCUGUGUUUUCAGACACUUUGAAUGACUUCCAACUCUGUUGGUGGUAAAAACACUUAUUUUGAUCAGACAAAUUUACCACUGUGGAUUUUGCUUCAUUAGACUAGUUUGAACAAGACUCCUCUGAAAAAAUGUCUUAUGAGUUCUUUUGCUUAUCAUCUCCUUUUCCUCCCUUUAUUCAUUAGCUCUAUUAUCAAAGGAUCGAGUAGUCACAAGACCAUUGACCUCUCAGGCAACCCCAUCCUUCGCAUCUACUACACAUCCAAGGUGAGGACACACACACUCACGAACAAGAAAAGAUACGAUGGCUUCUUAGGCUCUAAUGCAGCAGUGUUUGUCUCCUGCAGCCUGUGUUAUUUGUGAUGUGUGCUGGGAACGAGCUCUUCUUCUGUCUCCUCUAUCUUCUCUAUCACAUCCCAGAACCCGCUGGUAAGACCUUUUUUCUCAUCUUCUCACCUCUUAACCUAAUCAGAUCUUUACUAUCCCUCUCACACCACAGAUUGUCGAAGGGUAUGCUUCAGUGUUUUGACCUGCUGUGUUUUUUUUUCUGCUGCAGCCUGGCUCUACUUGCUGCUGGGAGUCAGUGGGAUCAUCUGUGUGAUCAAGGCAGGCAUCAGCGUCGUACACCUUAUCUCAGCUUCACAGAACAUGGCUGCUCUGGACGUUGCUGAGCGGGAGAAAAGCAAGAAGACUCAGUGA